CAGACGUACCCCUUGCCAUGUCGUCCAUCAUUCCGCCCUUCACCGCGGAGCAGCGCGAGAACUUGCUGGCCGAGGCUGUUGGCCUGGUCUUCAGCUCUUGGUCUCUCCUGCAGGUGGCUGUCGCCAAUGAGUGGGGCGGCCACGAAUCGCGCGAGAAGGCCGAGUGGCUGGAGGAGGUCCUCGUUGAGUUUGUGACCACCAACAAGCAGAUCGAGCAGUUUGACGUCGAGGACUUCCUGUUUGACAUUCUCGGCGAGGAGUUCUCCUGUGUGGCGGAGGACGGCUCGGUGGAGGCCGUCUCCAAGACGGUUUGCAAGAUCUGGGACGAGCUCAAGGAGGACACUCUUACCGGACUGGAGGGCCUGCGCGCUCGGGCGCCGGCCGCUGCGCGCGUCGUCGCCCAGGCCAUCCAAACCACCGAGAUCCAGGACUCAGACUCGGAAUCUGAUGGUGAUGAUGAGGAGACCGAGGGUGAUGACAUCCCGGUGGAGGAUGCCAAGCCGCCUCAGCGCCCGGCUCCCGAUGUCGAUGAGGAUGGCUUUGAGCUGGUCACUAGCCGUCGUCGUCGGUGAAAAUGCCAUGAAAAAAUGGCGGAGACGGGCAGAGGACUUGCCCUCGGUGUGGAACCACGCUUUAGCAUGUGCAUGUGUGGAUAUGAGAAUGUACCAGCCCACCGGGACACUGGGUGCCAGUGGCCAGAUCAGCAGGAUAUAUAUAUAUAUAUACGCGCGCGCGCGCGUGUGUGUCUCUCGGAAAACGCCUCUUGUGGUCGAUCCUCUCCUGUCGUCUCCUGACAAUACAUAUGACCUUUUCUGUGGAAAACUGAAAGCCC